GUGUUAUUCUGGCCAGUGAGCUGAGUUGCGUAGCAGUGCAGUUUUAAGUCUAUUACCAGUCAGUCUUUCCCUGGCUCGUUCAGGUAUCAGACUUUUUAAAGAGGAGAUCAUUCUUUUCUAUUAAUAAAUACUUUGUUGUGCUAUUUAAUUGUAGUUACUAUAAUACGUGUCGUUACUAUUAUUAUUGAUAGUAAUAGCAGUAUUAUUAUCAUUGUUAUUAUACUCUUAUUGUUUUAUUUGAUUCUGUGUAGUGGGGGAGUAUUUGUCCUCAGUUGUAAACUACAUUUUUUUUUCCUUUGGCAAGAUCACUUCUUUCCCUCCUAGUACUGCCUGCCGCCGCUGUUGUGAGAAUGAUUCAUGUUCGAAUCUGAAACUUGUUUUUUUUCUGUUUGGGAGAACCUGGAUUGUAUAGAAGAAAGGAUCUCAGUUUACGGGAAAAGCCAGCUUGCUCGUGUUUGUGACGGAAAUACAACAUUCCAUUUUUUUAAACAAAACACGUUCUGAUUUGGCUAAUUUUUUGUGGAUAACAAGCAAGUUCUGUGGCACCGGUGCCUGUGUUUCAGAUAGUAAUAUUAUCAGGAGACAUUCGCGCUAGUUGACUGCUGCAGUUAUUUUAGUGGCGGUACUGGUGUUUAUUCUUCCGCAAAUCCAGUGUCACUUACAUCUCCCCAUCCUGCACACCCCUGCACUGGCCGACGGUCUCUCCUCACUCGUUGUAGGGAAGCCCUCAUGUUGUUUACGGGACAACGCCGGUCAUUUGUCCCCUCCAUCCCUUCUCUCUCUCAGAAGGAAGACAUUUGCUGGAAGCUGUAAACAUGAGAGAAGAGACUUCAAAGAACACGGAGCUAGUAGUGUUAACGACCCCGGAGCUGCUGUACCUUCGCUGUCCUUCUGACUGGCCCAAGGGAGCCGAGGAAUCAGCCCUUUUCGAGUGACCUUUCCAUCACCGAGACACUAGCCGCCCCUUCCUUCCCGCAACCCCCCUUCCCUCAUCUCAGCCCUCCGCCCCUAACAUAGCCUUACGGGCUACCUCUUUGACCUCAAGAACCUUUCCUGGUUUACUGUGACGAGGUCUGCAGUGGGGAGAAAGAGGAAACCAUUGUCUACGACUAAUAACAUUAAAACGAAAAAGAAAAUUACACCACAAAAACUAGGAGGAUUAAGCGAAGCAAAGAGGGGGGUAUCCCGUUAUAUCUGAGCUAUACUGGAGCCAUAACCAAAUCGAGCAACCAGCUGACAGCCAGUGCACUUGCCCCCUUUCUGAUUCCCAGUCUCAUGUUUUGCUGUCCCUGUGCACUGACAGAAUACAACGUCGUGUUGGGAGACGUUAUUUAUUCUUUUUUUUUCUUGGAAAGGAGAAGGAGAAAGAGAGAGAAUAGAGCACAGCGCUUGUGUGUGUGUCCCGUUUUGUCACUACUACUGCUGUGCUUGCCCAGAGAGCUUGCUGUGUGGAAGCCCAGAGUCCGGAGGCUUAUUGGGGAUUUAACCUACCUGUCUACCUAUUUGACAGCUAUUGUUGGAAUCAUCUCCACCGCACUGUUGGGACGGGAGAGAGGUAUAAUCCUAAACACAGCAGAGGAACACAGACAGAGAUAGAGAGAAACAUCUUUUUUUUUUCUUCGGAAGAGUGCUGAUGCAUCUCCGAGCAUCUCAUCAUUUGAGCGGCGACGACAGCAGCAGCGGUUCUGUCCCCGCAAAGUGGAUUACAGAGUUCCAGUAAACUACCCUGAGUCGGAAACGGCAUCUGGUACGGAUUUGACCUGGACAAGUUGUUUAGUUGGGUAGCCGCGGAUUACAAGAGAUAUGCGGUCCCUCCUGUCAGCACUCACUUGCCUAUGUGUCCAGGCCAUGGUGGUGCUGUGCAGUCCACUCCAGGUAGGAGACACUCCACCUCCUUUCACUGUCAUCUCAUCUCCAACCCAAUCCAGAGGCUCCCAUGCAGGGGGAAACCCCCCAGUUACACAGAAGCAGAGAGAUCUGGGGCAGGAUCUAAAUUCUAAACUGCCCCUACAGCAGGUCCUGGCAGAUGAGAAUGUGGAUUUCCGGAUUCACGUGGAGAAUCAGACGCGGGCACGGGACGAUAUGAGCAGGAAACAGCUGCGAGUCUACCAGCUGUACAGCCGCACCAGCGGGAAGCACGUGCAGGUGCUGGACCGCCGGAUCAGCGCACGAGGGGAGGACGGAGACAAAUAUGCCCAGCUCGUUGUGGAAACGGACACGUUUGGGAGCCAGGUGCGAAUCAAAGGCAAAGCCACGGACUAUUACCUCUGCAUGAACCGGAGAGGCAAGCUAGUGGGCAAGGUGAACGACAAGAGCAAAGAGUGUGUAUUUGUGGAGAAGGUGCUGGAGAAUAACUACACAGCCCUGAUGUCAGCCAAGUACUCAGGCUGGUACGUUGGCUUCACCAAGAAGGGGCGCCCACGCAAAGGCCCGCGCACCCAGGAGAACCAGCAGGACGUGCACUUCAUGAAGCGCUACCCCAAAGGGGUACCUCCAGACCCCCAAAGGCCCUUCCGCUACACCACAGUCAGCAAGCGGACUAAACGCAUCCGCCCAGCCAACCCUAGUUAGAGGGACUGGCCACAGAGCAAUAUUUUUUACAGCAGAUCAGCGACAAGAGAAAUACAUAUAAGAAAUGGAGAAGAUAUGUUCUAUUUUUGUAAUUUGUGGCUGCAGUACUGAGGAGAGCAAGCAAUAGAGAGGGAGAGAGAGGGGGGGAGGGAGUCGUAAAGCGAGUAUG